AUGGAUUGUUCUCUUCAUUUUCAAGACCAGAAGCUAAGGCCCAGAGGGUGUGCGUGAUUCCCCAGGUCACACAAGAAGGGCUGGUGGAGGCGAGGCCCCCAGGACCCUGUUCUCCUGGUUCUCGGCGCCAUGGACAUCCCACCACAGCUUUCCUUCGCCCUCUAUGCUGCUGCUUUUAUCCUGGGCCUUCCCCUCAAUAUCAUGCUCCUCAGUGAGGCUGUGUCUCAUGCACGGCUCCGCCUUACCCCAAGUCUCGUCUACAUCCUCCAUCUGGCUUGUUCUGAUCUGCUGCUGACCACCUCUCUACCCCUGAAGGCAGCUGAAGCCCUGGCAGGGGGAGCCUGGCCUCUCCCAGCCUCACUUUGCCCAGCCUUUGCCUUGAUACAUUUUGUCCCACUUUAUGCUGGGGGUAUCCUUCUGGCCGCCCUCAGUGUUGGCCGCUACCUUGGAGCGGCCUUCCCAUUGGGAUACCAAGCUGUACGGAGGCCCUGUUAUUCCUGGGGUGUUUGUGUAGGGAUCUGGGGGUUGGUCCUUUUCCACUUGGGGCUGGUGUUUGGACUGGAAAGUCAGGAAAGCCAGGAGAAGAACAACACGAAUUUCCUGGGAAUGACCAUUCCAAUCAAUGGCUCCCCCAUCUGUCUGGAAGCCUGGGAUCCGAUAUGGGCUGGCCCUGCUCGUUUCAGCAUUUCCCUUCUGCUCUUCUUCCUUCCUUUGGUCAUCACUACCUUCUGCUACAUGGGCUGUCUGCGGGCCCUGGCCCACUCAGGCCUGAGCCGGAGUCGGAAGCUCAGAGCUGCCCGUGUGGCCGGAGGGGCACUGCUCACUCUGCUACUCUGCCUGGGGCCUUACAAUGCUUCCCAUGUGGCCAACUUUGUGAAACCAGAGGCUGGGAACCAUUGGAGGAAGCUUGGGCUGAUCAUGGGAUCCUGGAGCUGUGUGCUCAACCCACUGGUAUCCGGGUACUUGGGGAACAAGCCUGGCCAGAGGCAUGGUACUGUAGGGACUCAAGUUGGGGCAGCCCAGAAAUAG